AUGUCAAACCAUCCGUCUCAGAGCUCUGGAAAUGGCGCACCAAGCGCUGGAACGGGGAUGCAGCAUCAAGCAGGGCCCCCUCCGCCAACACAGAGCAUAUCACAGCAGAAUUUAAACCAAAUUGUCAUAGAAUACCUAGUUAAAAAAGGCUAUAACCGGACAGAGCAAAUGCUCCGGCAUGAAUCGUCUCGUCUAGAUAAAGAAGGACGGCCGAUCCAGGAUCGUGUCGAAGACUUAGGACAUUUGAAAUACCGACGAGCGUUCGAAAUGCUACUGAAUUGGAUUGAUUCUAAUCUAGACAUUUACAAACUUGAACUUAACAGACUUCCGUGGCCGAUUUUUGUUUACUCCUAUCUAUCUCUUGUUAAGGAUGAAGCAACGGUUGAGAGAGAUAUAUUUUUCAAUCACUUCAGCUCAUCAUUUGAAAGGUUUCACGCCGACGAGCUCCAGGAGUUUUCUCUUGUCACCCUUCCCGCACACAUAGACGCAAACGCAACUACUGAGCUUUACCUUAAAAAUAAGUACAAGUUACCACUAAAUCAGCACGCUUAUUACAGCUUAAUUACGUUUCUUGAAUCAAGCGGAAAAUCAGGUGGUACCGUAAUACUUGGACUCCUUCAAACUUAUUUUGAAAUUCGUGAGACUACCCGUGGUUUAAUUGAUCGAUUCAGCUUCGAAGCAAUUAUAAACAAUGUUAAGAGCGAAGAAAAUGAUGUGGAGGACUUAGAGGAAGGCAUACCUGGUGCUUUCACCGGUGUAACAAAUAAAGAUAUUUCGAAUAACAAUGCAAUCCUCAAACUUGGCAUGAUGCCAAUGGAACCUGAAUUAAUCUCUGACGUUCGGACUGAACUAGAAGAAGAAGAUAUAAAGAACCCUCCUGAUGCUGGCAAGCGUUCUCUCGUGGAAGAAUUCGACACAAAUAUGAAGCGUGAAGAAGGUGUCGAUACCCCUAGUCAGGUAGAAAUCCCUUUGCCUCCAACACGUGCGCGAGACGUUCAGAUGGAGGUUCAAAAAGUCAAAGAAUAUCGUGAACGUUUCAAAAUUGAAAGUCGUACUGGAGGAGUUGGAGUUGGAGUCUCAGUAUGUAUGUUCACUUUCCACAAUACUCUUGACUGUAUUACCUGCAUCGAAUUCUCAGAUGAUCAUACACUGAUAGCUGCUGGGACAGAGGAAUCGUACAUCCGUGUUUGGAGCAUGGUUGGCGAACCGCUUCAUGUGAUUUUACCGGGUGAAAAGCAGCCGACUAAUUCACGCCGUCUCAUCGGUCACUCAGCACCUAUUUAUGGCUUAUCAUUCUCGCCAGCUAUUGCUGGGUCUGAGCACGUAGACUCUGCCCUCUCAACGCGACCGAAACUUUUACUUUCAUGUUCAUCCGAUAAGACCAUUCGUCUCUGGUCUCUCGAGACUUGGUCUUGUCUUGUGGUUUACAAGGGACACGAAGGACCCGUCUGGGAUGUUCGCUGGGGUCCAUUUGGCCACUACUUUGCUACGUGCGGUCGUGAUAAGACUGUUCGAGUUUGGGGACAGGAUCAUAUCUCAUUCUUGCGAAUGAUGGUUGGCCAUGAUACGAGUGUCAACAAGAUAGCUUGGCAUCCAAAUGGUGCAUAUAUUUUCUCCGCAAGUGAUCUAAGCGACAAGAGUGUUCGUAUGUGGGCCUUCACUACUGGGGAAUGUGUUCGCGUAUUUUGUGGUCAUUUGGACUUCAUCAGCGCUCUUGCUUGCAGUCCAAGCGGAAAAAUCCUUGCCUCUGCAGACUGUAGCGGAACCAUAAUUCUCUGGGAUAUAAUUACUGGCUUGCCAACUAAGCGAUGUAAGGGCCACGGUAAGGGUGGUAUUUGGUCUCUUUCGUUUAGUGUGGAAUCAACUAUUCUUGUCUCGGGUGGAGCGGACUGCACCGUUCGCACGUGGGAUAUUGAAAUAUCUAAUGAUCCACACAAGUCUCCUGAAGGUGAAGUUUCAACCAGCAGUUGUCAGACUGAAGGUACACGAGCAAAUUCUACUUCUGGCCCCUCUACUAAUUCUAAUACUGUUCAUGCAACAGGAGCUAAACGCAAGCCAAAAGAUACAACUAUUACACCCGACCAAAUUAGUGCAUUUCCUACAAAAAAGACGCCUGUAUACAAUGUUAAGGUGACGCGUAUGAAUCUAGUACUUGCGAGUGGCUGUUACCUACCUUGA